ACAUCCUUGGCCUACUAUAGGGUCAUGGUGAAAUUACUAAUUAUAUAUAUCUUUGUCUUUUUGAGAACCUUUUGUAAACAGGUUUAAACCUAUGAUAAAGGUGGAUUGAAUGCGUACAGAUUUAAAUUAUUUGAUAGGAAAAUUACUUAAAAUGGCCUCAUUUUCUGAAACAGCUAUCCGACACAUCUGAAACUUUAACAUGACUUCCAGAGUUGUGUGUGGUAUAUGUUAUCAUGAUAUUAUUAUCAGAGAUGCAAGGCAGUGGUGUGCAAAUUGUGAAGAAGGACUUUGUGAGGACUGUGAAAUAGUACAUAGAUCUACCAAAAAUACCAGAACCCACAACAUCAUUUCCAUUAUUGAUUAUCAACAAAUAAAGGAUGUGCUGGUAAGUCAUUCAUGCGAGGAACAUGGGAUAAUUUACGAUUUGUACUGUCCUACACACGAAAACGCUAUAUGUGUCGCCUGCGUUGAUCAGCAUAAAUCCUGUUCUGAAGUCAUUCCACUAUUCGAAGCUGUUGUAAAUAUAAAAGAGUCUACUGCAUUUACGGACUUAGAAGAUACGAUAAAUGGAGCGCUACAGAAUAGUAAAAAAAAUAUAGAUAUUAAGUCAUCUUCUGAAGAAUUCGAUAAACAAGAGGAAAAUAUUAAGAAAAACAUACAGGAAAUGCGAUAAAUAUUAAAUAAACAUUUAAAUGAUAUGGAGCAGAACUUGAUCUCAGAUUUCUCAACGAAAUCUGGAUCUUGUAAAACUUCAUACGCAAAUACAAUUAAGCAACUUAUCUCAACGGACGACAAGUUAGAAAAGUUAAAAAACAAGACCGAAAGCCUGAAACGAAUUGCGUCAGAUGAGCAAAUAUUUCUAGGAACACGAGAAAUAUGCAAAGUUGUUGAACAAGAGAUUAAUUCCAUGAAAACCAUAUUUAAUGCCGCAAAGUCAUAUGAAAUAAACCUUGAACUUGAUUCUGACAUUUUUUCAACAUUUUUAGACAAUGUUAGUCAGCUAGGUAGCAUAUCAAUUAAAGAAAACAAUGCCAAUUUGCAGUUUAAGGAAAUAAAAUUAAAUCAAGCCCAAAUGCAAGUUUCUCUGCCACUCGUUAAUGUCGUACAGGAACUGCAAUUGAUAGAAAAGUUAAAAUUGGAAAAAACUAGCUUGAAGAUUGUCGUUACCGGUUGUAUUUUGUUAGUAAACGGAGAUAUGCUUAUUGCCGAUCAUUGGGAUGCAAACAUAGUAUUGAAACCUUAUGAAUCUGGUAGUUACUAUAACUACAUUAAAAUUCGUGGAUUACCUUAUGAUUUAACAAUGAUAGAUCCUGACCAUAUUGCUAUUACAUAUGGAAGUUCUGGUACUAAUAUACUGGAUGUUAUUAACCUUAGUUCAGGUGCUGUAGAAAAGGAGAUUCAAACUCAACAAUUUGCAAAGAAACAUUCUACAAUAGAAGACUGUUUCGGAAUAUCUUACUGGGACAAUAAAAUUUAUGUGAUGGUUGAAAAGGUUGGAAUAGUCGUGCUCGACACAUCAGGCAAAGCCUUAGAUACCAUAUCAAUAGAUACUGAAAAAGGUCGGAAAGUCGUCGUUUUUAAAGACAGGAUAUACUAUACGAACAGAAAAAAGAACACUAUUAACUGUUUGAAUACAGAGGGUCAAGAAAUUUGGGUCUAUCGAGAUAAAUCUAUUCUCGAACCUUGUGGGUUAGCUGUAGCUAGCAACCUUGACGUGUUUGUAUCAUGCAGCAAAUCUAACAAUGUUAUACUUAUAAGAUGCGAUGGAAAAGAUAGCAAGAUCGUAUUGCGGAAUGGAGACAAUCUAGUUAAACCUAAAGCAAUACAUUUCAAUAGAGAAAGGAGAGAACUAUUAGUAUGCAAUAAAAGCAACCAGAAUGUUGCAGUUUACAAAGUAAUAUAGAGUAUCUAAAACAUUAAAUUUCAUCAAUUUUAUUCUUUUUACAUUGUUUCCUUUAUCGUUAAAACAUAGAUGUGCUUUAAUGUGAUUGUCGUUAAUUCGCGAUAAAUGCAACUUUUAUAUUGUUUUCUGACGUCAACAAUACGAUGUGGUCAAAGUUUAUCAAAUUAAAGAAGGUUGACACAAUAUUGAAGAAAAGAGGACUUGACGCAAAGCAUUGUUUGUUAGGCUAUAUAAACAUCUAGAUUUCUUUUUGCAAUGGUCUGUAUAAUAAUGCAAAAAGAGAUUUGUUUAAUGAUAUCCAUUGCAAAAUAUAUAAAGACCAUGUACAUGUACAAAUGCAUAUGUUUUCUAUAUGUUAUCUAUAAAAGAGUAACUACUAUUGUUCAUGUUAUAAGAAAGACCAGCAAGUGGAAUUACGAAUGUUAGUGCAAUAACAUUGUGUAUAGGUAUGUUAUCAUUAUUGAAAUAAAUGACACAUAGAGAGAACAUCAGGAAGCCCAUAUUAUAACAAUCACACGUGUGUUUAAUCUAGUUAGCGUUUUAAACAUUUUUGUAGUUGCAUAAUAUAUACCCGGUAAAUGAUAUUUCUAACCGAUAGAGGAGUUACUUUAUCUUGUUUAUCAUUUUGCUAGUUUUAAUGUGAUUGGACCUUCAAUAUUCUUUUAUAAUUUUGAUUUUAAAUGCUUUAGAAUAACUGGAGAUCCUUUUUUGUUUAAUGUUUAUUUGUUGUGGCAGAAUUGUUUAAAAUUGUUGGCAAUAAAUGUUUUUGACAAUUGAA